AUGGACAUAUAUUGCCUAAGGUUAAAUGAAGUUCAAUUUUCUAUUCUCUUAGGAUGGAAUUCUCUUGAACGUUUACCCUCAAAUAAUCAAUAUAAUAAUGAAACAACUUAUAUUCAUGGAGGUUUUUUAAAUUUUUUACAAAGAAUAUUUAUUAAUAAAAUAAAUGAAAAUAAAAUUGAAUUGAAUACUAUUGUUAAACAUAUAUCUAUUCAUGAAGAAGAACAAUAUGUUGAUAUUGAAAUUCUUAAAAAUAAUCAACAAUCAAUAAUUUAUCGAGCUAAACAUGUUGUUUGUACACAAUCUGUUGGUUGUCUUAAACAAUCAAUGCAUCAAAUAUUUAUUCCACCAUUACCACAUGCUAAACGAAUGUGUAUACAAAAAUUAGGUUUUGGUACAAUGAAUAAAAUUUAUCUUGUUUUUUCUCAACCAUUUUGGGAUGUUGAUUUUGAAACAUUUAAUUUUUUAUGGGAUACAAAUCGAUUAGAUGCAGAAUGGAAAUUAAAAUGUUUUGCUAAUACAUCUUUUAGUAGCCAAUGGUGUAAAAGUAUAACUGGCUUUUAUGUUCAUCAUCAAUUAUCAAAUGUUCUUGCAACACAAAUAAGUGGUGAAGCAGCAAAAUAUAUUGAAACAAUUUCAGAUGAAUUACUUGCAAUGGCAUUUCAAGAACUACUUUGUCUUUUUUAUCCUGAUAAUCAAAGUCCAUUACCUGAACAAUUAAUUAGAUCUCGAUGGUUUAAUCAACCAUUUAUACGUGGUACACAUACAUUUAUUAAACUUGGUUCAAGUAUACAUGAUAUUAAACAAUUAGCUGUACCAUGGCCUAAUAAACCAGCUAAACCACUUCUUCUUUUUGCUGGUGAAGGUACACAUGAAAGAUUUUAUGGAACAACGCAUGGAGCUUACAUGACUGGUAUACGUGAAGCAAAACGAAUUGUUGAAUUAUAUUAA